GAGUACGUACACCGGUCCGGCCUAUAGAGUUAUUGUUUAGUAUCAGCAACAGCAACAGGAACAGGAGCCAUGGAGAACGGAAACGGGUGCAGGGCGGGGCAGGCGGUUGAGUUGAGAGUUAAGCAGUUGGGAGAGGCAACGUUGGUGCCCCCGGCGGAGGAGACACAUAGGGGGCUAUACUUCCUGUCCAACCUGGAUCAGAACAUUGCGGUACCUGUUCGCACUAUCUACGGCUUCAGGUCGGGGCCGGGCGACAAGCAAAAUUUUGGGGAGGUUAUUAAGAAUGCCCUGUCUCGAGUUCUGGUGCAUUACUACCCCUUGGCGGGGCGACUGACGAUUAGCCCCCAGGGGAAGCUGAUCGUGGAUUGCACGGGCGAGGGGGCUGUGUUUGUGGAGGCCGAAGCUAAUUGCCGCGUUGAGGAUAUUGGUGACAAUACCAAGCCUGAUCCUGUCACUCUUGGCAAGUUGGUUUAUGACAUUCCAGGCGCCAAAAACAUCCUGGAAAUUCCUCCACUGGUGGCUCAGGUGACCAGGUUUAAAUGUGGAGGGUUUGUUCUUGGGCUGUGUAUGAACCACUGCAUGUUUGAUGGGAUUGGAGCUAUGGAAUUUGUUAACUCCUGGGGUGAGACUGCGAGAGGCCUCCCCAUUAAGGUCCCUCCAUUCCUGGACAGAAGCAUCCUCAAGGCUAGACAUCCACCCAAAAUUGAAUUCCCCCACCAUGAGUUCGCAGAGAUCGAUGAUAUCUCCAACACCUCCCAUCUCUACGACAAGGAGGAAAUGCGUUACAGAUCCUUCUGUUUCGACCCGGACAUGCUCCUGCGCCUCAAGGCCAGCGCCAUGGAAGACGGAACCCUAUCCAAGUGUACCACUUUUGAAGCUCUGUCUGGGUUCGUCUGGAAAGCCAGGACUCAGGCGCUGCGAAUGAAGCCGGAGCAGAAGACCAAGCUUCUGUUCGCGGUGGAUGGUCGGUCCAGGUUCCAACCACCCCUCCCUGCCGGAUACUUUGGCAACGGGAUCGUGCUCACCAACUCCCUCACCAGCGCCGGGGAGUUAGAGGAAAAACCCCUGUCCUUUGCGGUGAAUCUGGUUCAGGAGGCGGUGAACAUGGUGAGCGACGCGUACAUGAGGUCCGCAGUGGACUACUUCGAGGUGAGCAGGGCUAGACCUUCGCUCACCGCAACGCUCCUCAUCACCACCUGGUCCCGCCUCUCCUUCCACACCACGGAUUUCGGCUGGGGAGACCCCAUUGUCUCCGGCCCCGUUGCGCUUCCCGAGAAGGAAGUUAUCCUCUUUCUUUCUCAUGGGAAUGAGAGGAAGAGCAUCAAUGUUCUCCUGGGAUUGCCAGCGUCUGCCAUGGACACUUUUGAACACCUUAUGCCGCACCACUUCUGAAUCGAUUUCAUUUCUAUUUUCUUGCCUUGCCUUGCCUUGCCUUAUGCGUCGUCUACUCUAUUGUACUGUACUGUAUUAUUAUUUAUUUCAAUUCGUAGAUACUAAAAUGCACGCUUGCUUCCUUCCUUCUAUUGUAUACCAUACAAAUCGUUUGUCUUUAUCAAAAGCAACAAUUUUUUUUUU